AUGUCGUCCCGUCUGCCGGGCGGCAGCAGGACACCGCGCGGGACCACUGGCACCCUUUUGUCGGCUUGUCUGGUCUCCGCUUGUCAAGCCCUUCGGAACUGCGGGGAGGUCCAGUGCAGCGACGGCCACCAGUGCUGCCCGCCCAUCGUCACCGGGAACGGCAGCGCCAGCUCCGCGGUGCGCUGCUGCAAGCUCCCCAUCCACAUCUUCUUCGACAAUGUUGGCUGGUUUACGCGGAAGCUGUCGGGCAUCCUGAUCCUGUUACUGCUGUUCGCCAUGGGCUACUUCAUUCAGAGGAUCAUCUGCCCGCGGCCCCGCCGUCACCCACACAAUAAUGACCGCAGCGAGGAGCCCUCCCUCUUUCACGGGCACGCAUCGGCGUCCCAGGACUCCCUACUGGACCGGUACCACCCGGAGACGUACAGCCUCGGGGACGUCGCCUCUCCGAACCUGCCGGCGUACGAUGAGGUCAAGUAUUUGCCCACGUAUGAGGAAAGCAUGCAGGAGAUGGCGAUGCACAGAGACCGGUCGGAUGACAACUUGCUGGCGGAGAACGAGAGGGGCGGUCAGGGCAGGGUGAGGGCGGCCGGGCCGAGAGCCGGAGACCAGAGGCGGGACGUCCUGGAGGCAUCAGGACCGCAGAGCAGCCCGAGGACGUGUCGGAACUCCGUCUGAGACUGGGACAAUGUGGCAUUCUUAUUUUUAAUAUAAUCAGGGUA